UCCAGAGUUCAGCAGCGAGCAGGAUCUUUUCUUUUUCUUUCCCUCCAUCCAGCCCUACUCUUCUCUGCUGACUGACUGACUGAUCUUCUCAUCCUCAUUGUUUCAUUUCCUCCCGGAGACUUUUUGAUUUCAUUCCUCUCAGCUGACUCCAGCUGCGUCUCCAUUUGGACACGUUUUGGAUUUUACGCACUAAACCUUCAUCCUCCUCGGACCUGGACGCUCUGUGCACGUACACGCCAUGGCGCCGUGCAUGUUGCUGUCGUGUCUCCUGCUGUUUGUCUCCGCGCGCACGGCUCUCUCCUCCGGGGUGUUCGAGCUGAAGAUCGACUCCUUCACCAGCUCCAGAGGCGUCUGUCGCUACCAGAGCCGCGACUGCCAAAUAUUUUUCCGCGUGUGCCUCAAACACUCUCAGAACGUCAUCAACCCGGAGCCGCCGUGCACGUACGGGACCGCGCUCACGGAGAUCUUCGGCGCCGACUCCAACUCCAUCUCCGGGAGCGCGCCCAUCAGGGUGCCCUUCCACUUCAAGUGGCCGGGGACGUUCUCUCUGAUUAUUGAAGCCUGGAACGCCGAGUCUUCAGGACUGGAGUCUACAGAGAACCAGAACAAUCUCAUCAGCCGGCUGGCGACCCGCCACAGGCUGACGGUCGGCGAGGAGUGGUCCCGGGACGCGCACGUCGGCAACCAGAGCGAGCUGCGCUACUCCUACCACGUGGUGUGCGAAGAGCACUACCACGGCGAGGCCUGCUCCGCCUUCUGCCGGCCCCGCAACGACACCUUCGGCCACUCCACCUGCGACGACGACGGCAACCGACGCUGCCUGGACGGCUGGAGGGGAGAGUACUGCUCUGACCCCAUCUGUGCGGCGGGCUGCAGCGAGGUGCACGGCUACUGCGAGUCUCCCGGGGAGUGCGUGUGCCGGCAGGGCUGGCAGGGCGAGCGCUGCGAUGAGUGCGCCCGACACCCCGGCUGCCUCCACGGGACCUGCCAGCAGCCCUGGCAGUGCAACUGCAAGGAGGGAUGGGGAGGCCUGUACUGCGACCAAGACCUGAACUACUGCACCAACCACAAGCCGUGCAAGAACGAGGCUUCGUGCACCAACACCGGCCAGGGCAGCUACACCUGCACCUGCCGGCCUGGCUUCAGCGGCAAGAACUGCGAGAACGAGACCAACGAGUGCGAAAGCAACCUCUGCAAGAACGGCGGCAGCUGCAAAGAUCUGGAGAACGAUUACUCGUGCGAGUGCCCUCAGGGCUUCUACGGGAAGAACUGCGAGAUCAGCGCCAUGAAGUGCGCGGACGGGCCGUGUUUUAACGGAGGAACCUGCGAAGAGAACGUCAGCGGCGGGUACAGCUGCCGCUGCCCGCUCGGGUACACGGGCUCCAAUUGCGAGAAGAGGGUCGACCGAUGCAGCAGCAACCCCUGCGCUAACGGCGCUCAGUGUCUGGACGUCGGGAAGCAGUUCAUGUGCCGCUGCCUGCCCGGUUUCACCGGCUCCCGCUGCGAGACCAACGUCGACGACUGCGCCGGCAACCCCUGCCGCAACGCCGGCACUUGCGUGGACGCUGUCAACGACUUCACCUGCACGUGCACGCUCGGCUUCACCGGCAAGGACUGCUCCGUGCGCACCAGCCCCUGCAACCACUUCCCCUGUGAAAACGGCGGCACGUGUUACACCCACUUCUCCGGCCCCGUGUGCCAGUGCCCGACGGGCUUCAUGGGCGCACGCUGCGAGUACCCCGUCAGGACGACUAUAAAACCGCCCGGAAACAGCGACGCCCCUCCGGCACUGAUUGCCGCCGUCGCCCUCGGCCUGGUGACGCUGACUCUGCUGGUCUUCGCCGCCAUCCACAUUCUGCGUCAGCUCCGCCGGGGCAGGCAGCUGUCGGCCCUCACCAUGUCAGUGAAGAACGACCUGGAGACCGUGAACAACCGCAACGCAGUGAUUGGCGGGGGCGGACCGUAUAACGGGAGUUUACCAGGAGCGCCGCUGAGCAGCCUGAGAGAGAAGGAGGCCUUCCUCAUCCCGGGAGGACAACUUAAAGUGUCCAAUAAGGACGCGGCGCUGGUGGAGAACGGCGGCGACAACAUGGCUAUUUUUAAAAACAAAAUGGCAGACUGUAACCUGGCGAGAGAUGAGCAGCGCCUGGCCAGGAACAAGUUUGACCUUAAGAAGUGUGACUCGUCCAUCAUCGUCCCUCCUCUCAGUUUUGCAAAGGACAGUCUGUAUCACCCGGUGUACAUCAUCCCAGAGCAGAUGGAGCAGUGUGUGUUUGCUACUGAGGUAUAACCUCCAGUUUUCAGACCGCCAGCGGAGGAACUUUUACGCUGAAGGCCUGAAAUGUUUUCACCCAGAGGAUCUAUUCUACACACGUUAUUUUAUUUAAUAUUUAUUACUGCUGCUCAACGGGAGGGGGGGGGGAACAAAACAAAAAGAAAGGACUUUUUUAUUCUUUUCUGCUUCGAUAUUGACAAUGUUCGGAUGACAAUGAUUCUGAAAAGAAAGAAAGAAUGGAGGAGAGAAAAGUGGAAAGAGUGAAUGUCCGGCGUCAUUUGCACUAUUUAUCUUUUUUUUAUACUUUAAAUCUUAAUAUAAUAUUUCUGUGUGUAUAUCUGAAUUUUCUUUGGAUCGAACGAUAGGACGUUAAGAAGUGGAACCGUCCGCCUAUCGGAAAGACCGGUGCCUUAGCUAUGCUCCCUAAUCACCGUGGCAACCGUUUCCUGUACAAUCUCACAACAUGAUGUGUCAAUCAAAAUCGAUCAGAGGACCUGCUUACGGGGACGGGAGAUUUUUAUUUUAGGUCAAACAAACUGAACUUUUUUAUACUGUCUGAAAGCCGAACUGGACAGUUUGUGACUCCGUCCAUUUUAUUUUAUUUUCUUGUUUUUGAAAGUGAAGCAUCACAUUGUGGCCUGUUAGGAGAAGAACUACAAUCACGUCCAAACUCUGAAGUGCCUCUUCUUAUGGAAAACUGCAACAGGACUUAAAUCCAGGACUUUCUAUUUCAUGUUCAAAUCCUGUCUUUACGAGACCAUUCAAAUCCACUGGAGACCUUUCUACUGCUGAUGUGUCUUUAAACCCAGUCACAUCCACACUCCCUGAUCUAAUCUCAGUCUAAAUUACCUUUCAGGUGAAUCAGGGAGAGUUUGUACCUCUAUCAACAACCAGCAGAUAAUCUACCUUUGACAAGAUGUAAAGGAAAAGUCAAACACAUCACAGGCUGGAUGGAGGUCCAGCCGAGCUGGAAUUAUUUCACAAAUCAAAUCAGUUUUUUCCGUUCGUCUUCCUGUGAUUCUACUUGCUUUUUUUUUCUCCCACUGUUGUAGGUUUUCAAAAUUUAUUUUUCUAUGAAUCAAAAAAACUAAACUUGCUGCCUUUUUCUCUCUCUUGCUGCCUUCAUCGAUCAAACAGGAAAACAAUAAAGACGCCCGCUGUUGUUCUGCAACAUUCCCGAGACUACAGACACAGCUGAGCGUGUUUUUUAUACUUUUAUAUUUGGAAAAUAAGAAACUUUUACAACAGCGAUUAUUCCAUUUGAUACCAAAAAUAUGUGUCGUUCCUGUGUAGUCGUGUCUUUGUUCUAUCUUUGUUAAUUUAAGAAAACAAUGCAAUGUGUACAUAUCCUCCAGAAGACAGUUUUCCUAUUUAAUUUUGCCUUUUUUUGUAAAUAAUUGUGUAUUUAUGAAAGAGAAUUGUAUAUAUGUCUAUGUUAAUGUGCCUAAUGUCUCAGUCAGAAUCAAGAAAUAUAUUUUUUCAUAAAUAAAUUAGAAAAAUGAUA